UCUCGUUCACAUCUUCGUAGGAGAAGUGUUCCAUUUCCUCUACACACACUUCAGUUACACACGUACGCACGCACAUAGAAGUAAAAAAAGCAAUUUUUAUACUGCGGCCAAAGGAAGAACACUUGAAAAACUUGACUUGACACACUCUGUGCACUGCUGCUCCUUUAAAGACUACAAAUUAAAACAAAAUUCAAUAUUGAUUUCUUACUAGCCCAGGAGCAAAAAAACAAAACGUACAAUAAAAUAUCGAACUUUUAUGAAUUAAUAAAACCUAAAACAAAAAAAAAAAACGAAAACGAAAAAACAGCAGCACUUAAAUCGAACAUAACCAAUUACUUUAUUUUUGUUAUACAAUAAUUUAAUAACGAGAAGCAAAAAAAAAAAUUACUUAGAAAAAAAUAUACAUAUAUACAAGCCAAUGUACAUAUUUACAUAUAGAAAAAUAAAGUGUGAUUUUUUUUAGUAAAAAUAACAAGAAAAGCCCCAUUAAUGGUCUAGUUUUUUUUUUGUCCCCAAACAUUAUAAAUUUUGGCUUUCCUUUUUUUUGGAAACGAGCAUAGUGAAAUUUUGUCUACGUGUGUGAAUGCCAGGGUGUUUGUGUCUGGUGUUCUUGCAUAAGUUUUCGUCACAUUCGUCGUCGAGGAUGAAAAGUAUCCACAUUCACCAAAAACAGGACACUCAGCAGUUUCUACUGGCUUAUACAUACCGAACAUACCGUGAAAUUUAUUAUGCACAUCCUACGAAAUACGGGUAUUUUAGUGAAUAAAAGAAAAUAAAAUCUACACAGAAGGGGAGAGUAACAUACCAGACAAAAAGUAUAUAAAAAUUCCAACAAAUAAAAUAAUAAUAACACAAAAUUUCAUUAAACAAGGCAACCAGGCUAUUCAUAGAGAUUAAGUUGAUAACAAUUUAAAGAAACCCUACUCCCCCCCAAUACAAAAAAAAAAAAAGCUUUAAAGAAAUGUACAAAUAAAGGAUGCUGCAUCAUUUAAAUGAUGUCAAAAAAGGUUGCUGCUGCUGCUGCGGCUGUAAUCAUUGUUCACAGCGGCUAAGGAUAUGUUAUCCUUUUGUUCUUCUAUGACAAAAAGCCAAAGGCCAACUCAGCACAACAGCCAACUCAAGAAGCAUGAAUCAAGAAAAUCUUUGUGUGCGUGUGUGUGAGUGCGAGUGAAGCUCUUGCCUUGUGAAAAAUUAUUGUCACCAGCCAGCAAUUGUGGUUCCGUUUCGAGUCUUUGCCUUCUUCGUCUUCUUCAGCUUCUUCUAUAUAAAAACCCCAAGGGAGAAUGAGUGAAUGAAUGAAUGAAAAGGAUGCAGUAGCUGCUUGUAAAUCCAAUGCAAUUGGAGCACUACAACAACAAUAACAACAGCCACAAUAGUGCACGCCAUCACAAAAACAAAAAGCAUGCCCAGAAGUUUAUUAAUAGCAUUCGAGACCCCAGCCUGCUGAAACCCUAAACUUGCCCCACGGGCUUUGGAACACUGAGUCUGUUGCUGUUGCCUUGCAUCAACAAGGCAACAAACAAACAAACACUUAUCGUAACGCAUCACCAAGCUUCAGACUAAUAGUAUUAAAAUAAUUUUCACUUAACACAAAGGCAAAGGCAUCGAAGCAUUUCAGUUUCGUUAGUCCUUUUGUUUUUUUCUUUUUUGUUGUUGUUUGUUUGCUGCUCCCAUACAACAACUACAAAAGUUGCUUGGAAUUUGCACACUACGCACCCCACACCCACAGACAUAGCAAGGGGGAACCAUACGGCGUGGGUCGUUGUAGGUGGCAACGCAACCUGCUGCAGCAGGAGGAGUCGAGAAGAAGGAAGGCAUCCUUUGGAGUUUUUUUGUUACACCCUUAGCCACCGAGGCAAAGAUGAGUGUGGCGAUGCGUAUGAAUAACGGUCUUCACCAUGCUGUCUCAAUGGGUACCAUAGAUACAACCUCGAAACCAAUAUUUUCCAGUCAAACCGAUCGAAAUUAUGAUUCUGAAGAUGAAAAUACGCAUCGUCGCCGCUUGAGACAUACCUCCUCCACAGAGUUAUAUCCCAGACCAUCGCAAUAUUCCAAAGGAGAUAUAAGAGAGCAGUAUUGUUUAACUGAUCGCCAAGUGAACACCAUCGAUCGUUCUCGCCGUGAACGUUUUUUCGGUUGUCUUAGCAGACGUUCGGCACCGUCUGCCUCCCUAUUGGGCGGUUGUGUGGGUAGACGCAUACCCUCUGAUGAAAAUUUAGCACCCUACACCCCUUUCUACAAAUAUCCACGUUAUAAUCAACAAUACCCAAAUACCACGACCACUGGUGAUAACAUGGAUAUGGAGAGUUCCUAUUUUCGUAGACAACCAGCCUCGAUAUUGAGCACUUCCAAAAUGGUGGAUGCGGCCACUGAUAAUCGCCAGACCAGCUGGAUGGAACAGCAACAACAACACCUACAGCAGCAGCAACAACAACAUCAACAUGCACAACAGACAUAUGGGAAUUAUGACAACAUCAGCUAUAUCAACGAUAAAAGCACCUAUCACUGCCCUUCCCAUAUGGGUGUUGGCACAACUUUGUCCCAUGCAGGCCCUCUCAAUACACCCAGAACUAAACACGUCAGCUUUGCUCGCUCGCACACACUCACCUCCUUCGAUGAUUUGAAUGUGGGCUUUCGUUCUUCUGGCCGCAUGAAAUCGGCCCAAUCACAAGAACGUCUCAUCGGUGGCAAGAAACCUCUGGGUCCCAGUGGUUCCUACUAUGAUACCAUACCAAUAUGUGCGCCACCCAUCACUGCCAUAAUGGGUUCGACCUCGACCAUACAUAUGCUGCCGGGGUCAACAGUUCCUGUACAUCAGUUAGGUCAUACCCAUCAGCAUCAUGUGGGUCAUGCCAUGCCAACGGCGUAUGUUCCUGCAGCCGCAGCCUAUGUCACAGAACAGCAUGUGCAGACGCAACAACCAACAGCGGUUAUAACAAAUCGCCCCAUUUUGGAAGAGUUGGCCGCUUUGAAUGUGGCUUCCUCCACAUGUCCUUUGCAGAAUUUACCGCCACCCAGUCCAGAGGUGAUUGUGGUGGAAAAGAAGUUUCGCAAUGCCAUGAAGACGCAGGCCACCCAAACAGAUGUGAGGAAGAAUGAAUUUGAACAGAGUUUGGCCUUGAGCCCGCGUACCAUACAUCGCGUCAAGGUGGUCUCACAGGGGGCCCAAACAAAUGGAGGCUUGCAAAAUGGCAAAGCUUUGGCUAAGAGCUUGUCACAAAUACCCUACGACAACCGCCGCAAAGAGGAAGCCAAUGCGCAGGCUGAUCAUGAAUUGCUGCAUCGCACACAAUCCGAGGAGCCUCCUAAAUCACCUUUGGAGAGUAAUUUUCCCUACUAUCAACCGCCGCCGCCGUUGGAGUAUAGUGCUAAUCAUGAGAAGUACUACUAUCAAAAGAAGGACAUAGCGUUUCUGCCCAAAGAAGACUCUUUUUCCUACGAGAGCAAUAGCUUGCCCCGCCGUACCUGUGGCUAUCGUCUGGACACCGACUUUCACAGUCUGCCCCGCAGGGAUAUGCAGAAUGUGCAGGAUGUGUGCAAGCACAUAACAGAAUGCUCCGAGUUGAUGGCAGAUGGCUCCUCGGAUUUUACCUCGGACCUGCUGCCUCCACCACAGGAAUAUUGUCUGGAUGAUGAUGAUUCUUUGGAUAUAACCCAAACCUAUCCCAAAGAGUAUAAGGACACCAGUAGGCGUAAAUCGAUGUUGGUGUCCAUGGAACCGCCGGAGGAUAGUCCUUUUCGACGCGAUGAUAUUCGAAGGCAAUCGAUGCCGGUUUAUGUUAAAACUGAGAAGCUGGUGGACUUGGAUUACCCCUCCUCUAGACACGGUGGUGGAGGUAGGAGAUAUAAUCGCAAGUUGUUUCGAGAUGAUAUGUCCGAUGAAAAGGAGAUCAUCAUAGACUUUAAGCCCUACAUCAACAAUGGGGAUCUGCACAGCAAGACCUUAAAGCGAAAAUUCCUUAAGAAACAUGAGGCCAGAGAGGAAGUCAAGAUACAAGAACCGUUGACUGUGGAGCCUUAUGACUCGAUAUCGGCCGAAAGUGAUCGCAGUGAGGAUUUGCAACAGCAGCAGCAGCUUCAAGAUCCAGUCUAUGAGAAUAUACACCCAUGUGGCUGUAAGGUGGCCAAUAUUCCUGAGGCUGAAUGCAGCGAACAGGAGGAAAAAGAUGAGCGGGCAGGAUCGGGCAUCUCCGCUCCUCCCAGCCCAUUGAGAGACGAGCCCAUAGGACAUGCCUCUACCUAUCCGUCCUCAGAUUCAUUGGCCAAUGAUGUGACCAGAGAUCAUUCUGAUGGUCAUUGGAAUGAAUCAGAGGUGACUGUACUCAUGGCAGAGCAAAGAUCCGAGGCCUCGUACAAUUUGAAUCUGCUGCUAACGCCCUCCACAAAAAGGAAACAUUUGCUGCUGCAGCAUCAGCAAAGAAGUUCCGUGGACACCGAUGCUUUGGACUUUGAGGAGCAGUUCACCGAUCAAAGUCCCACCUAUAGUCAUUCGGGUUCAUUGAGCAUGAAAUCAAGAUCGCCGGUGACACCACAAAAUGAAAGAGAACCCAAAGUGGGGGCACAACCUAAACUGAUAUCGCCCUCCAUAGAGAUAACGCCCAUAUUAGGGGGGUCAGUUAACAUACAAACCAGAAACUCGACAUCCAAGGCUUUAUUAUCGUCCCCCAGAAGGGGGCAGCUGGAUAGCUCACCUCAAAAGGAUCAAAGAAGAUUAUCCGACAUUUCUCUGGGUCUGUCCUCAAUGACCGAUACUGCCAAGGGCUUUGGUGGCAAUGCCGAUAACUCGGAGUGUAGCACCAAUACCAAUACAAAUACCGAAGAAUAUGCCACCUGCACUGAUACUUCCAGACGUACGCCAGCUUCUACCCAAAGCUCUCAAAUGGACAAGACCCAUGGUGAAUCUUCUUUUGAAAGUGCUUCCUCCCUUUACUCCUCCAAAGGAGAAAUGCUAUCCGAAGAGCAUGUGCAACCCGAGGAGUAUCUGCGUGAAACCAAGGCCCGCAUGGAUCUCAAUCUGAAUUUGAAUACCCCCCAAAGUGAAGUUCCUAAAAAAUCGCCCUCCCACUCGGUGAGUAGCACCUCAUCGGGCAGCUACAAUGUGGGAGAUGAGGCUGGCGAAAAGACACCCGAAAACACUGAUAAAAUUAAACAGGAAAUCACCUCGCCCACUCCUUCUAGAGCUCCAGAGCAAAUGCGCAAAAAAAUCGAAUCCAUAUCAGAUGAUGAACGCAGUGAUGUUCGUUACUCCUCCUCGGGUUAUUAUGAGAGUCCCCAUGAUGAUGAUUAUCAAAAGCUUAAAUCGCGACGCCAUCGCCAAGAAGAGGAGCGCAAACGGCGAAAAACUUCCAUGAAGAUAGACAUAGAGAAAGAGAAUAUGCGAGCCCUGACCAGUCCCAUAAAACGAGAUAUGCUUAAGAAAUCCCCGGAAAGGCAAAAAGCCGCCUCAGCCUUGGCCGAGUCCACCAGCCCGGUAAAACUGAAACGUUUCCGUCCGAAAAUACGUAGACAGUUAAGACGUUCCUCACGCGACGAAAGCACUAACAGGGCUCGUAAGGCCUCAAAUGCCUCCGCUAUACUAUCCCCACAACAGGGUUUGGCUGCGGAGAAACUCCUAGACAACAGCAUCAUGUCUCUCAAGACAACUAACAUGGCCUCAACACCCAGUCAUUUGACAUGCCAUGAACCAGAAAUACCAGUGACCACAGUUGUAACGACACGCACUGCCAAAGAUAUAACCACCACUUUGACGGCCAAGCCUCCUUUGUCGUUGUCACCUGCCUAUGUGAAAUCAGCUUCGGAGACUUGUCAAUUGAAAGCCAAAUCCAUAGAAUCCUUAAAUCGUUCCGUAUCGCCUGGUUCCGAUUCUGUGUUCUACAGUGAGGCAGAUGGCAAUCAAGGCGAUCAGCAUAGUGGCCAUUGUUCGCACUGUGGCAAAGAAGUCGAAGAGCAGAGCGUUGUUUGCGGCGAUUCGGUGGAAUCAUUACCUUACAUAGACAACGAACCGGAUAUAGUUAAGCCACCGUCCGAUUUUGCCGAUUCGCCAGUAACAAAUAAAACGCCACAGCGUUUAUACAAGAAAAUGGAUAAACGUUUUAGAUCGGAGGAGAGAUAUCAUCUGGAGCGUGGACGUCACUACAAGACCAGGAAAGAUAAUAUAAGGGCUAAGAGCGAAGAAAGAAACCAGGAUUGCACCAAGAAAACUACACCCAUUCUAAGGCCAGCUGGUUCCAGUCCCUGCAUAAUGCCAGAAAUUACCAGUGAACCCAAGCAACAGACCAUCUACAUAGGCCAUUAUGAUUGUGCAAGAUAUGCUAGACUCACGGACUCUGAUAUAUGGGCUCAAUUGGAUCAUCAAAGUUUGGAACGCAGUCGUGGUCGCCGCUCAUCUACCGAUUCUGAAAAAAGCUUCUAUACCAAAUAUCAAGUUAUACUUCAUCGCCUGGUGCAGAGACGUUGUACUUUGGAGAUGUAUCGUAGACAAAAGAAUGAUAUGUUUGAAUUGAUAACAUCAAAUUCGGCACAAGAUUCGCUAAGGCGGCGUCUAGAGGAGAUAUUAAAGCUGAUGCUUAUGGUAUGGGCCAGGGAGGGUCAGGUGUUGUCAAAGCUUACACAAGGCGAAUAUGGUGUGGAUAAAACAGUGGUGGUUAAAAGUGAUUCUGGAGAAUUUGGUUUUCGCAUACAUGGCUCCAAGCCGGUGGUGGUGGCCGCCAUUGAACCUGAUACACCAGCCGAAAGUUCCGGCCUAGAAGUGGGUGACAUUAUCAUUUCGGUGAAUGGUGUAAAAGUGUUGGACAAACAUCAUACCGAAGUGGUGAAAAUAGCCCAUGAUGGUUGUGAGAAACUGGAGCUAGAGGUGGCCCGCACCUUGGGUGUGCUAAUGAAUGAACAGCAAGAGCCUCCCAUACAGGUGGUCUACAGCGGCUAUCUAUGGCGUCAAAGUGGCCAGGCCAAAGGUUCCCCCAAUACCAAGAAAUGGGUGCAACGCUGGUUUGUGUUACGUUCCGAUAAUUGUUUAUACUAUUACAAGACUGAAGAGGAUACUCAACCAGUGGGUGCCAUGAUCAUGGCCAAACACACUGUAGAGCCAUGCCCUGCCAAGGUGGGUAGACCUCAUGCAUUUAAAGUUGACUCGGGCGAGGGUAUACCCUUGUAUGUAGCCGGCGACAAUGAAGAGGUAACCAACAGAUGGGUAAAUAUUCUAAAGAAGGCGGUAGCCCAAGAGAACUCAUGGCUGGACAAAAGUGCCCGCAAUCUCUAUAAACAGCCCAGCAAUAUCUUAAGACCCGAUUGUUUUGGUUAUCUCAUGAAACUGGGCUCCAAAUGGUGUGGCUGGUCCAAGCGUUAUUGUGUGCUCAAAGAUGCCUGUUUGUAUUUCUUUCAUGAUGGCAUUUCAAAAUCUGCUUUGGGUAUGGUCUGUCUCCAUGGCUACAAGGUAUCGUCCAUGUCAGCUGCUGCUUCGGGCAAAAAGAAUUCCUUUGAAAUUAUACCACCUGAACCGAAAUUGCGGCAUUACUAUUUUUACACUGAAUCCGAAAUGGAAAAAAAGAGAUGGAUAUCAGCUCUUGAGUAUUCGAUAGACCGUUGGAUAAAAUCUGGGUAACUAAGGUUGAAAACCAUCACCAAAACCACAAAAAGAAAACGACGUAGUUUUAGUUAUUUCAUGGAAUAGAUCAUCCUCACUACCUUAGAUUUACAUCAUAAAGUCACCUUACAUUGGAACACACAUACAUAUUAGGUGUAUAUAUAUAUAAAAGAAAUUGAAAAUCCUAUUAUGGCACAUACAGCACUUUUUAUGGCAAAUCCAAAGAGACAAUGAUGCCUUACAUGGUAUUGAUUAUCAGUGCAAUGGUUUUUCCUAUCUCUCUCAUUCGGCCAUUUUCCUCGGACCCUUGGACUAGAAGAGACACAAGGUUCUAUAUUAGGGACAACAACCUUAGAAUAUUUUAUGUGUACACCCAACAAAUCUCCGAAGUUCUAUCUGUAAUAAUAUGCAGGCAUAAUGAAAUCAAUAGAUAUGGUUAAAAAUAUUUGCCUAA